GGCGAGGACAAAGCCCAGUUUCUUGGUUUGCACAGUUCGCUCCCCCUGUACUUCCGGUGUAAGCUACGUCAUCACAUCGCGCCCCGAAACUACUGAAAGUCAAUAGUGGAAGCUGGGGACCACCCCAAGCAUUGGAAGAUGGAUCCCGAAUUCUUCAUAGGGAGUAGCGGAGGCGUCAGUUCUGGGACCAUCAUUGGAGACUGGGAGGAUAGAGGAGCGGAUGAAGAGUAUGCAGAAGCGGAGGACGAUGCCGAGUUGCAACAAGAAUGUCUGCAGAAACUAUCCAGCCGCGACUACAUCAUGGAACCCGCCAUAUUUAAUACCUUAAAGAGGUAUUUCCAAGCAGGAGGGUCUCCAGAGAACGUCAUUCAGCUUCUGUCAGAAAAUUAUACAGCUGUAGCCCAGACUGUAAACUUGUUGGCAGAAUGGCUCAUCCAUUCAGGAGUAGAGCCAGUACAAGUCCAGGAGACAGUGGAAAACCACCUGAAAAGUCUGCUGAUAAAACAUUUUGAGCCCAGAAAAGCAGAUUCCAUCUUUACAGAGGAAGGAGAGACCCCGGCAUGGCUGGAGCAGAUGAUUGCUCACACUACAUGGAGGGAUCUGUUUUACAAGCUGGCUGAGGCACAUCCAGACUGUUUGAUGCUAAACUUCACAGUAAAGCUCAUCUCUGAUGCUGGGUAUCAGGGAGAAAUCACCAGUGUCUCCACAGCUUGCCAGCAGCUGGAGGUCUUCUCCAGAGUGCUUCGUACAUCACUGGCCACCAUCCUUGAUGGAGGAGAGGAAAACCUUGAGAAGAACUUACCUGAGUUUGCUAAAAUGGUUUGCCAUGGGGAACACACCUAUUUGUUUGCACAGGCAAUCAUGUCCAUAUUGGCACAAGAGGAGCAGGGAGGGUCUGCUAUGCGCAGGAUUGCACAGGAGGUGCAAAGAUUUGCUCAUGAAAAGGGCCACGAUGCCAGUCAGAUCACUCUUGCAUUGGGAACUGCUGCUUCCUACCCUCGGGCCUGUCAGGCACUUGGUGCCAUGUUAUCCAAAGGAGCUUUGAACCCAGCAGAUAUUACUGUCCUGUACAAGAUGUUUACAAGCAUGGACUCUCCCCCCGUGGAGCUGAUCCGUGUUCCUGCUUUCCUGGACCUUUUCAUGCAGUCGCUGUUUAAACCCGGUGCUAAGAUAAACCAAGAUCACAAGCAUAAAUACAUUCAUAUAUUGGCCUAUGCUGCCAGUGUGGUGGAGAUGUGGAAAAAGAAUAAGCGGGUAAAUAUUAAUAAGGAUGAACUGAAGGCCGCAUCCAAGGCGAUAGAAACCGUCCAUAAUCUGUGCUGCAAUGAAAACAAGGGAGCGUCAGAGCUUGUAGCUGAGCUUGGCACAUUGUAUCAAUGUAUCAGGUUCCCAGUUGUGGCGAUGGGUGUUUUGAAGUGGGUGGACUGGACCGUAUCAGAACCACGUUACUUUCAGUUACAGACCGAUCAUACUCCGGUACACCUGGCCCUGCUGGAUGAGAUCAGCACUUGUCACCAGCUUCUUCACCCACAAGUCCUGCAGCUGCUGAUAAAGCUCUUUGAAACUGAGCACUCACAGCUAGAUGUGAUGGAGCAGAUGGAGCUGAAGAAGACUCUGUUGGACAGAAUGGUUCACCUGCUGAGCCGAGGGUACGUGCUGCCUGUUGUCACUUACAUCCGUAGGUGCCUAGAGAAACUUGACACAGACAUCUCUCUCAUAAGAUACUUUGUGACAGAGGUUCUUGACGUCAUUGCUCCUCCCUAUACCUCAGACUUUGUGCAGCUUUUCCUUCCCAUCUUAGAGAACGAAAGUAUAGCUGGCACCAUUAAAACAGAAGGAGAACAUGAUCCUGUGACAGAGUUCAUUGCUCACUGCAAAUCCAAAUUCAUUAUGAUAAACUAACCAGCUUGAAGAAACAGGUUCCAGGACGUGGAGUGAAAAGCACCUUCUCAUAGUGUGUUUAGUUUUUUAUUAAUUUGUAUAUAUAUAAUACACACCCGUCAAUUUAAACUGCUUUUGGGAUUUUUUUUUUUUUUUGUGAAAUACAAAAUAUUAUUUUACAGA